GAAGUACUGAGCAGCGGCACAGUUGAAUUUUAGCAGUCUAGUAACAGCUAAAAGUAGAACUGUGCGUUUGAACAUUUACUAACGAUAAACAAAUUCUCUUUUAGUGUGCUCUAAAGCUCUUUCUGGUAGAAAGUUGUCACGCUACACAAUACCUGCUCAAGCGCUAUCCUGAACCAGGUUGUAUUUCGGUUGUUUUAACAACCUGGUGUAGUCCAAAGCUAGUUAGCAUGUAAGCUAAUAAGCUAACCGUCGUUUUAAGUAAUUAUAAAAUACAGAACACCAUUUCGCUAACGCUUAAUAGUUAAAACUGCGUAAUCUGUGAGCAUUUAACAACUCGGACAAAUUAGAACCUGACUAAAUCAUUGGUAUGGGCUUUAAUUAAUUGAAUCAUGUAUGGCUGCACAUUAUAUUCUAAAAUUGGCUCAAUCAUUGAAGAAAGGACUGCCCAGCAGACAAGUCUGGACAAACACCUCACUAGUGGUGUCAGUCCAAGUUGUAUUAAUGACUGAACUGACAGACUUUGAACCUUUAGCAAAGAGAUUUAGAGUUGGAACCAAUGCCCCAACGUCACCUUCAUCUUCUUGCCGAGGCCCAUCUUUAUGCAGUAAGAGCAAAGAUAAUGAGACAGCAGAUGAAGAAAAGAGCAAAACAACACAGAGAUGAAGACAGAUAUUCAGCCAAAGACUGAAGCAGGCGGUUUGCGACGUGUGAAGUCAAACGUUUCUCAGAGAAUCGGUGUCAGACAGCAACAGAAGUUAAAAAAUAGAAAUACUCUUGAUCAGUGGUUAGUAAAGCCCAGAAGAAACCCAAAUGCAGGCGAAGCGUGCUAAAACCCAAGAUGAUGUUGAAAUUGUAGAUGAGGGUGGCUCUCAGAGCACCUCAGCUCAAUCUAUGGACUGCCAAAAUGCUGAAAAACCUACAGUCUCUGACACAGAUGAAGAAACCCAACCCUUGACACCACAGGACCUGGAGGAAGAUAAUCCAGUGUCACCAGCUUCCAAGAAUUCUGCAGGGAGCGGGCUUAUGCAAACAUUGUCCCACAGUGGUGGUGAAUUAGAAGAACAAGAAAUGGAAACAUGCCCAAGAAGCCUAGAGGACUCUGUCAAACACAAUACCAAAAUAACAGAUUUCUUUUCAGGGACUUCAUCACCAUGUCUGCCUGUGAGACGGCACAGGCCAGAUAAGUCUCCAGAUAGAGAAGAUGCAGACAAGGAAACUACAUCUGCUGAUGCCAAGCCUAAAGUCAGAUGGCUGGGGACUCCCAUCAGUGAGCUUAAGAGAAUGCCUGAAUGUGGUGGGCUGCUUCCUCCACUGAAGAAUGUUCCUGGCCAGCACACUGUGAUGAUAAGGACAGACCUUCUCCAGAAUGGUAAAGUACCUGUUCCAUAUCCUGCUAAGUUUAGGGAUACCUGGGACGACGUCCAUGUCAAGAUGCCCUGUUCUGGUAGUAACCUGUUUCCCGUAGAAGAUGAGGAAACACGAGAACUGCAGAAUAAGAGCCGAUGGGAGUUGAUCAAGGAAACUUUGAGCAAGAAAUUUACAAGUCCACUUGAUUUGAAGGAUGCAGUAUUGAAAUACAGUGCCUCAUAUGCCAGGAAAUGGGACUUCACAGCUAUACAUUUGUACUGUACUAAGGUCCUGGAACCUGAUGCUGCCGAACAUCUGUUUGACUCCCUGCUGCCAGACAUGGUGCAAUUAGCACUGAGAGCAUCUGAGCUCUGUACCAAGCCGAUACCCCUCCUCAAGAGAGGCAUGAACCACUCCAUCACCAUGUCUCAGGAGCAGGUGGCAUGUCUGCUCGCCAACGCCUUCUUCUGCACCUUCCCACGGCGCAACUCUAGAAGGACUGAAUACUGCAACUACCCAGACAUCAACUUCGUCAGGCUGUUUGAGGGGUCCUCUUCAAGGAAGAUUGAGAAGCUGAAAACUUUGAUGUGCUAUUUCGAAAGUGUCACUGAGCAAAAGCCUACUGGACUUGUAACAUUCACUCGAAAAAGUUUGGAUAAACCCCUUAAUUGGAAAAGCUCACAGACUCAGCUCACAAAGCUCCACAUUACUUGUGAAGGAACCAUUGAGGAUGAUGGUUAUGGAAUGCUUCAGGUGGAUUUUGCCAAUAAGUUUGUGGGAGGAGGGGUCACCAGUUCUGGUCUUGUUCAAGAGGAAAUCCGUUUUCUCAUCAACCCUGAGCUUAUUGUUUCUCGCCUCUUCACUGAAGCCCUGGAUCAUAACGAGUGUUUGAUCAUCACAGGUACACAGCAGUACAGUAAGUACACCGGCUAUGCUCAGACCUACCAAUGGGGUGGCAUCCACCAGGACACAAUUCCAAGAGAUAGCUGGCAGAGAAGAUGCACAGAGAUUGUGGCCAUUGAUGCGCUGCAGUUCAGGAACUUUCUUGAACAGUUUAGCCCAGAGAAAAUCAACCGAGAACUCAACAAGGCUUACUGUGGCUUUGCUCGCCCUGAGGAACAAAACCAAAACCUUGCAGCAGUGGCAACAGGAAACUGGGGCUGUGGGGUUUUUGGAGGUGACACACGUCUUAAGGCUCUGCUCCAGAUGCUGGCAGCUGCUGAGGCGGGCCGAGAUGUAGCCUAUUUCACCUUUGGUGACAGCCAGCUCAUGACAGAUGUCCACAACAUGCACUCUUUCCUCACUCAGAGGAGCAUCAGUGUCGGGGAGGUGUAUGAUCUCUUGGGGCAGUACUACAGCUCAGUGUGCAAGAGCUGCCUCGGUCGGCGCCCUGACGUCAGCCUCUACUCCUUCAUCUACCAACAGGUCAGCCCCUCCCUGGCGCCCGACGAGUCCGACAGGCACUCGGCCAGACAACAAGUCUCCACAGACACCCAUUAAGGUCAGGUGGCUGAUGAGUCACCGUGCCUUAUCUUCGGAAAACGAAACACUUAAUGAAUUAAAAUAUCCUCAGUCUACUUUCUUUCUGUUUUUGGUAGAGAAACUUAAAAUCAACAGUACCAAAUGUUGUCUCCACCAGUGGCAGCCAAAAGUGAAAAUCUGGCACAUGGUUCCUUUUCGAAAUCAACUGAGCUGCAGAAGGUGAUUAGUUAUGACCCUAGCUGUCGCUGCAGUCCAAGCUUUGUUCAUUUUGCUACUGCUGGUAAUACGCCAAUGGAUUGAGCUUCAAUACGAUGCAAUUGUGAUUUUAAUGGUGAAGCAAAGGUUGCCAUCCAUCUUCUGAGUUUGUCAUGUUGCCUUUUUUACACCCACACAUACCCAGCCUAAUUGAAUUGGCUGUCAGAAAUCAAGUUAAAGGAAACGAAUAACAAGAACAGGGUUUGGAAAGCUUGAAGCGCUCUUCGGAAAGUGGUUUGAUUUAAAAAGCAGCCUGGGUCUUUGUGAAGUAAUCUCCUACCUUUUGCAUUUAUAGCAAAAUUCUAGUUACAAUCAUGGGUCCAUGAGAACAGGUUUUGGUUUCUUUGUUGUAUGUGAGACAUUCCAAAGAACCCAGUUGCACUUAAAAUAUUAAUUUGAUUUGUUUGUUUCUGUAUUUUGCAACUGAUUUCAGAGUAAAUCUGUUUCUACAAUUGUUGAGUAGCUGCACUUGAAUGAAAAUUGCAGAAUUUUUCAGACAGUUUAUGUUAUUCAAACCAAUAAAAAUGGAUCGGUUGUAAGUUAA